UGUCUCCAUGUCGCAGCAGAGCUUGUGUUGAAGAUCUCCGGGAAGAAUCGUCAGCAUGUUGUGCGCGAGCAAGAGCUAUUAACGUUGCUUUCUGAAGAGCGGGCUGCCCAUAAGAGAUUGAUGAGCGAAGUGAUUGAAGCUCACACGGUCAGGGAGGCACAGGAGAGGGAUGCUCACGCUGCCGAGUUAACCGAGGUCCGCGCUGAGCGGGAACACUACAUUGAUUCCCACCUAGAAGAGAUCGCUGAACGUUGGCUUAAAACUCCCGCCGGCGUCGAUAGACUUGACAAAGACGGUUUACUGUGCUACAAUUUGGGGGAAUAUACCAAACAACAGGAAAUUUAUGCUGUUUUGAAGGCCAAGCACGGCGCCUCAUGCAUUGUCGAUUGGGGGCUUCCUUUUGAGAUUCCUAACCCAGAGCCUGA